AGGAGGAGGAGGGGGAGGAGCACGCCUCCUGUGGAGCAGAGCUCCCCGAGGAGCUGCAGGAGGGGGGAGGUGGGGGCCAGGAGGGAGGCCGGGAGGAGGAGGAGUCUGCUGCCCUGCCCGGGACCUCCCCCCCCAAGGCCCCGCCCCCCUGCGUCCCGCCCAGGAGCAACAGCGGCGACGAUUCAGGAGCCAUGUCGCUGCCCAACCAUCUCCCCCCCUCCUACGUCCACAAGGAGCCCAUCCCCAGACCCCAGGAGGGCCUGGCCCCCAGCGUGCUGCCCCUCCGGGGGCCCCUGUCCACCGCCUCAGGGUCCCCCCACCUCGGCACCCUGCUGCACCCCGCCGGCCCCCCCACCAGCAUCAUGGAGGAGCUGCAGCGAGCCUUCGCCUCCAAGAACCGGCAGGAGAUCGUCCACGACGGCAGUGAGCUGGCCUCCCUGCCGCGGCCGUGGUGCGGCGGCGGCGACGGGCGGCUCUCGCGCUCCUGCAGCUCGGAGAACCAGCAGCAGCAGCAGCAGCAGCAGCAGCAGCAGCAGCAGCAGCAGCAGCAGCAGCAGCAGCCGCAGCAGCACCACCACCCCUCGCCGUCGGGGCCCCGCGUCAGCUUCGGGGGCCUGGGCCUGGGCAUGGGCCUGGGGCACGGCGGGGGCCACGGCAUGGGCCACGGGUCCGGGGGGGGCGACUGGCCCCGGAAGGAGGCGGAGGAGAACAAGGAGAACAUGAGGCUGGACCAGUGCUUCUCCAACACCUCGGGCCUCCCCAACGACCUGGAGGAGUGGAACGACUCCGUCAUCUCAGGCACCCUUCCUCGCCGGCUGAGGAAGGAGCUCCUGACGGUGAAGCUACGGAACCGGCCCAGCAAGCAGGAUCUCGAGGACCGCAACAUCUUCCCGGCCCGGACCGACCUGGAGCGCCAGGAGAUCCGGCAGCAGAUCGAGAUGAAGCUCGCCAAGCGGCUGAGCCAGAGACCGAAUGUUGAGGAGUUGGAGAGUCGGAAUAUUCUGAAACAGAGAAAUGACCAGUCCGAGCAGGAGGAGAGGAGGGAGCUCAAGCAGCGGCUCAACAGAAAGCUGAACCAGCGGCCCACUGUGGACGAGCUCCGGGACCGCAAGAUCCUGAUCCGCUUCAGCGACUACGUGGAGGUCGCCAAGGCCCAGGACUACGACCGCAGGGCCGACAAGCCCUGGACCCGGCUGUCUGCCGCCGACAAGGCCGCCAUCCGCAAGGAGCUCAACGAGUUCAAAAGCACGGAGAUGGAGGUGCACGCGUCCAGCAAGCAUCUCACAAGGUUCCACCGGCCGUGAGCGAGUGUGCAGUGAGGGGAGGAGUUUCUUCUGUGAAGGAAAUGGUGAACCUUGGGCCGCGCGGCUGUCCGGAGCUACCGCCGCCGCCACCGGCGCCGCCCUCUCACGCGCGGUGGGGGACUGUUUUCCACAAGGAGCCUGGAGCCCCUUCGACGGUCGUAAGGGUGUCUUCCCGACGUUCCUUUUCCAGCGCCCGGGGGCCCUGCCCAGCUGGG